AAAGGGUGCAUGAAUCGCGGUGUAUGUUGGGAUGUUAAUGGUGAGCGUGUUGAAACUGACCGCGGGCAGGACACGGGUCGAGAAUGAAAAGGUUCAGUAAAUACGACACAGCGAAAGAGAGUAAGAGACAGAAGCUGCUAAAGGAAAUUGAAGACCGAAAGCUUCCCUAUUUAACACCUAGACAUGUGGAGUUUGAACAACUGUUAAAGGCCAAAUAUUCCAAAUUAUACUUGCAACGGGCCAGCUGUGUACCUCAGGAAAUUCACCAAAAUGUCCAACAGGGACUGACAAUGCUUCAAGACUGUAAGUGUUUUUCUCAAGAUCUUGUUCAAAUAAAAGGCAAAGAUGUGCUUACACCAGUAUGUCGACUACUCAUAGGAGAUCCUGGCUGCACAUAUCGUUACUUGGAUACAAGACUAUUUACAAUACCUUGGCCUUCUCAUGGUGUUGAGGUGAAGUACAACAGUGAUGAAAUAGGUAAAGCCUGCCAAGCUAUUAAAGAUCUUAAUGAAUACUUACAUGUGGAAGCAAUGAAAAUUUUGUUGGAUCAUUGUUCAGCUGAUGUUGAAGAAAUUGGAUUUGAGGCAAAGACAGCAACUUCCACGGUGGUUAAGGACUCGGGAUAUAUGGAAGAUAGAACUUGUCACAAUAAACAAAGCAACAACAGAACUAUGUUAAAGGAUAGAACCUCUUUUAAUGUGGCCCUAUUGAACUACUUGGAUCCUUCAAGAAUGAAAUUUCUGAAAGAGGAACCAUACUUUGGAAUGGGAAAGAUGGCUGUGAGUUGGCAUUAUGAUGAAAACCUGGUGGAAAGGUCAACAGUUGCUGUGUAUAACUACAGCUGUGAUGAUUUAAUACCUACUGUAGAUGAAAGCAACAAGACGUCAAUAAAGGACAGAGAUCCGGCACUUUGGCAUGUCGGCAUGAAAGUUGCCUGGGACAUUGCUACACCAGGAUUGGCAUUGCCUCUAGAAUCUGGAGACUGUUACUUUAUGCUUGAUGAUUUUAAUAUGACCCAUCAACAUUGUGUGCUGUCUGGAAUUCAGCCUCGCUUCAGUUCUACCCACAGAGUGGCAGAGUGUUCAAGUGGUACGUUGGAUUAUAUUUUUGGGCGCUGUGACGUAGCUAUGAAGAACCUGCGAAAGGAUCCAUUAUCAGGCAUUUCCUCCCUGGUUUCUUUAGAGCUUGUUUAUGUGAGACAAACAGAAGAGAUUCAUAAUGAGGUUGAAUUUGAGUGGUUGCGACAAUUCUGGUUUCAAGGGAAACGUUCAGCAAAGGCAAGCAACUGGUGGUUUGGACCAAUGAUUCUGCUGGAGAACUCUUGGAGAGAGAUGGAGCAAAUGACGAAGAUUUUGCUGUCUGAAAUCAAUAAGGCAGAAUGGCCUUUAGAAAGAAAACACCAAGUUGUACGCUGUCUUUUACCAUUUCUUGAGGAGCGCCAGGAACUGAGAAAGAGCUGGAUGGCAAGGUGUCAGUCCAGACUUGCCAACAGCCUACCAGUUGAUGAGCAGCCAGAAUGUCGUCCUUACUGGACCAACGAAGACCUUGAUAUGCCUCUAUCCUUUGACUUGGAAGAAAAUAUUUCAUUUUUGAGGAAUCAACUCAUGUCUGCAGAUGGAGACAUUAAGAGCUGAUUUCCAAACGUCUUUCAGAUUCCUUGGCUGAGAUAAUCCAGUCCAUCCAGAUUUCUACUUGCUGCUUCAAGUCAAUAUUUUCAUUCUAAUAAAAGUUGGAUACAAAGAGACAAA